AUGUAAACAUAUAUUGAAUAAACAAUAAAUCAACAAAAUUAAAAUAAUCCAAUUUUAAGCAAUUAAAAUAGUCAAGCAAUCACAACAUCUUAAUACAAUAUAAAAAUUGAUAAGAUUGCAGGUAUUUUUUAUGGAUUUACUGGAUUUGAAGUGAGUUUAAAGUACAUAUUUAGACUUAGAAUUAAAGAGGAAUAAAUUGGAUAUGAUUCUAUCUAAUAGACAAAUACUUUUAAAUUUUAAUAUUAAACUUGGGAAGAUACUUAAAUAAUUGCAGCAUAAAGUUAAAUAUUAAUAUUUGCAUAAAUAAAUUGCAACAAAAAUGGUACUUAUUUUUUAGAUGAUUAGAGAGCCUGCACUUAAAAUUGCCCAAGUAUUGGAUACUAUAAUGGAUAAGUUAUUGAUCCUAUAGAAGGAAACUUAAACUAUUGUUUGUAAUGUGAUAAAUCUUGCUAAACAUGUGAUGGUAAAACUUCUUAAAAUUGUUUAUCUUGUUAAAAUUCUUAUUAUCUUUUCUAAAAAUAAUGUAUGGCUUGUCCUGAAUAAUGCUUAAACUGUAAUUAGGAAUUAUAAUGUUUAAGUUGUACCUAAAAAUUUCCAUAUUAUUAUGAUAACUAAUGUUUCAAGUAAUAACCAGCUAACACUUUUUGUGAUUAAAAUAAAGUUUGUAAAAAUUUGUUAUAAAAACUGUUAAACUUGUUAAGGAACAACUGA